CUCCCACAUUACGGUAUUCUAGCUAGAAAUCUGUCGCUGCAUCAUUUCGCUUACCGUAACAUCUGCCGAAGUCGUCCAUACCCGCCAAAGCCUCCACGACCCUCGACUAGACAACAAUCAGCUUUAACUUGCCAAUGCGCGAUCCAUCCCUACCCCUAUCCGAAGCCCUGAGGCGUGGAGAUGGUAGUGAACUGGGCCGUUCAACCACCAGACCCCUAGAAAGAGACUCAUCCGCGAAGACCAGCGUCUCAGAAUCCGAACCGAUCGCGGACCGGAUAACAAGAGUCCAAUGGGACCUGAGCAACCUCGAAUCUUUCUACAAAAUUCCCUUCUCUCCCACAGGCUAUGAUAGAUUGCAAAAGUUCUUCGACGACGAGCUCAAAGCCCUGGAACAUGCACCCUUCGAGGAAUACGACCAGAACGGUAAGGUCGACUAUCUGCUGCUGAAGAACUACCUACGCCACGGGCUUCUUCAGUUGCAAGAUGAUGCAGAGAAAGACCAGCAGGUGUUGGCCUUCCUAGGUGGAUUCUUCCCGGUUCGUCUAGCGCGGAUGAUCGAAGCGAGGCGGAAGGUGGCAGAUCCGGACGGCAAGCAAGCAGCAGCUGCGCUCACCGAGCUGAUGGGCCAUAUAUCGAUGGUUAAGGAUCGGGUUGUUAAUAAGAAAGAGACUGCUACGCCGCCAAUUGCACGUCGAGCGACCAAACUUCUCGCUGAACUGCAGGCGCUCCUCCAGGAAUGGUAUGCGUUCUACAAGGACUAUGAUCCGCUGUUCACCUGGUGGAUCUCGGACCCUUACCCAAAAAUCGACACUGCGCUUGCAGAUCUAAGCGACACGGUAAAGAAGAUCGUUCUCGGAUUGGAGUCGUCUGAUCAGGAUACCAUCAUAGGAGAGCCCAUCGGACGGGUCGGAAUCCUCGACGCGCUGGAAUAUGAGAUGAUCCCCUACACCCCCGAACAGCUCAUCGACAUCGGCCAAAAAGAAUACGCAUGGUGCGAAACCGAAAUGCAAAAAGCCGCCUCAGAACUCGGCUUCCAGCAUUGGCGCGCCGCCCUCGAACACGUCAAGAACCAAUACGUCCCUCCGGGCCAACAACCGCUGCUCGUCCGCGCCCUCACGCAAGAAGCGACCUCAUACGUAAAGACGCACGAUCUCGCCACCGUCCCGCCCGUCUGCGAAGAAACAAUCCAGACCUUCAUGAUGAGCCCGCAGGACCAGAAAAUGAACCCCUUCUUCCUUGGCGGCAACUCCAUCAUCGUAUCCUACCCUACGUCCACUAUGAGCCACGAGGAUAAGCUGAUGAGCAUGCGCGGCAAUAACAAACACUUUGCCCGCGCGACCGUGUUUCAUGAAAUGAUCCCAGGCCACCAUCUCCACAUGCACUAUAUGAGUCGCGUGCGCCCGUACCGCCAAAUGUUCAUGACGCCCUUCUGCAUCGAGGGCUGGGCGUUUUACUGGGAGAUGCUGCUCUGGGACAAGCCGUCGUGGGAGAAGACGAGCGAGAACCGCAUCGGCAUGCUAUUUUGGCGGAUGCACCGCUGCGCGCGCAUCGUCUUCUCGUUGCGAUAUCACCUUGGCGAGAUGAGCGCGCAAGAAUGCGUCGAGUUGCUUGUGAACUGGGUGGGGCACGAGCGGGCGACUGCUGAGGGGGAAGUGAGGAGGAGUGUGAUGGGCGAGUACGGGCCGUUGUAUCAGGCGGGGUAUAUGCUUGGGGGACUGCAACUGUAUGCGCUUAGGAAGAAGGUUGUUGAUGGCUUGGGGGUAAAAGAGAAGGACUUCCACGAUGCGUUUCUCAAUGCGAAUCAGAUGCCCGUCGAACUAUUUCGCGCUUUGGUUUCGGGUCAGCCGCUUAGCGGGGACUUCAAGACGCAGUGGAAGUUCUACGAAGAGAUUGGACGAUAAAGCGCCUUCAUCAUACAAGAUAAACAAGUCUAUGGUUUUGCUGUCCACAAAAUAACCAAUUCCAUCAGAAGGACCGUGAAAA